UUAGUUUUAGAACUACUUACUCACUCUUUAUUACGAGAAAAAAAUAUCUACCUACUGAUUGAACAACGUUCUUUUCUUCUUGUUUUGUUUUGUUUCAGAAUUCGACUUCCAUUUCAUAGUCAGAAAUAUAACUGUCAUGCAACACGACAAACCAAUCAUUUGAGACAAUUUAGCAAGAUUAUAUAUAAUUUGAUCGUCAUGCAUGACAUUAUCAACACGCUAACGAACCAAACUUAAUUAAAAUAAAACUAACAAGUUUGUUAAAAGAAAACAAUUAUCAAGUACCAACCUAGCUAAAGUAUAUUUCCUUGUUAAUACAGAUAAUUGUCGUACAGUGAUUUAAAAAGCACAAGGAAACAAAAAAGUCACUGUAGGCUGUACUAGCUAGUGUAUAUAUAAACGAGUUCGUUGUCAGAAACUUCGAAGUCUUCCCUUCCUUUUCGGUUUGACAAAAAAUCUAAGAAACAGACGAAAAGACGAUGGACGGAAGAGUCAACGCUCUUUCAAACCUAAACGACCUAGAAGUAUACAACUUCUUGGUCGAUCCAAACUUCGAUCAGUUCAUUAAUUUCAUCAGAGGAGAUGAUCAAGCCAUCGAAAACCCACCCCUCGAUUUCGAUCUUGGUGGUCGUCCUUUACAAAACAACUCAUGUUUCAUCGACCAAAACCAGUUUGUCCCAACACCUGUCGUUGACCUGUUCAACGAACUGCCUGACCUUGGUUCCAAUGUCACCGAGUCGUUCCAUAGCUUCGAGGGCGAGAGUGUCAAACCUGGCGGUGACGAUGACGACUACAACGACGGAGACGAUUCUUCGGCCACGACAACGAAUAAUGAUGGAAGCCGUAAAACGAAGACGGAUCGGUCGAGGACUUUGAUCUCCGAGAGAAGGAGGAGAAGUCGUAUGAAGGAUAAGCUCUACGCAUUGAGAUCUCUUGUUCCCAACAUUACUAAGAUGGAUAAAGCAUCCAUUGUGGGAGAUGCCGUGUUGUAUGUUCAAGAAUUGCAAUCACAAGCCAAGAAACUCAAAGCCGAUAUCGCAGGCCUUGAAGCUUCUUUAAACUCUACUGGAGGGUACCAAGAACCUGCACCAGACGCUCGCACGACUCAAACUUUUCAGAGUAUUAAGUCUCCUUCCAAGAAUAUCAUUGAGAUGGAUGUUAUUCAAGUGGAAGAGAAAGGAUUCUAUGUGAGGUUGGUGUGUAAUAAAGGAGUAGGUGUUGCUCCAUCACUCUACAAGUCUUUGGAGUCUCUUAGAAGCUUCCAAGUGCAAAACUCCAACCUAAGUUCUCCUUCUCCUGACAGAUACCUUUUAACAUAUGCUUUAGAUGGGACAUGUUUCGAACAGAGCUUGAACUUGCCUAACCUGAAGCUGUGGAUCACUGGAUCACUUCUAAACCAAGGCUUUGAAUUCCUCAAACCAUUCACUUGAUUUUGUCAGAGUGUAAUGCGAUGUUCCAAUCUAAUUCAACCUCCGUUAUGCAUCCAUUGGUUGUCUUGCUUUCUGUAUGUUUUAUAACUACCAGGGAUCUAAAGUUAAUUCUACAUGGGAUGACAUCUUGUUAUAGAUCUCAUUCAGCAAAGAAAUGUUUAGUUAAAAUGGACAUACUUUUUACAUUUUUGUUUAUAGACUCAAGUUUUUUGUUCACUGCA